UCAAACGCAGCAGAAGUUGAAUGACAUGUGACAUGAUAUGACAUUUGAAUUUUGAAGCGAGACGAGAAGAACGAGAAGAAGGAAGAAGAAUUGUUAUUUUUUGUGCUAAACUUUUAUAAAAAAAUUAUUUUGAAUUGCAAUGUCUUUAAUAAAUAUGAUUAUUAAAAGAUCCAUAUUCACAACCGCUAGAAACUGUGGAAAAAGAAAUUUUAGAAAAUUUCCAUUAUAUAAUAAACGAGGUUCAAAAGUGUUUAAACAGCAACAAAUUGAAAAUCCCAACUCGGAUAUUCCCAUAAAUAAGAGAGGCGUUCGAGAUAUUGGAUAUCAAAAUGGAGACAAAUUCGUUGUAAUUCCAGAAAGAAUACCUGAAUUAAUUGUACCUGACAUCUCAAAUUGUUCGCUAAAACCAUACGUUUCCUAUCGAGCUCCUGAUGUUUUUCAAUCGAAAUUUACAGAACAAGAUUUAUUUAACGUAGUAUAUUCCCCAAAAAUAGUUAAAGAUUUCAAAGAAGGAAAACUUGCAGAAGACGGACAGCCCUUAAAUCCAUCAGAAAAUGAGAAAAUGAGUGCAGAAGAAGCAAAACUAAGAGCUAAACGAACCGGAUCAGAUAUAUUUUAAAUGUUCAGA